UGGGAAAAAUAGUCUCGCGCAGUACUGGAAUUUUAUUUUGACGUUAAUAAUAGAAAGCUUUACAACCAUGGCAGCAGGUCCAAUCGCUGAAAGAAAUCAAGAUGCCACCAUUUAUGUCGGCGGCUUGGAUGAUAAGGUUUCGGAAACACUCCUGUGGGAGAUGUUUGUUCAAGCUGGUCCAGUGGUCAACGUCCACAUGCCUAAGGAUCGAGUAACUCAGAUGCACCAAGGAUACGGGUUUGUUGAAUUCUUGGGCGAAGAGGAUGCGGAUUAUGCGAUUAAGAUUAUGAACAUGAUCAAGCUGUACGGAAAACCGAUCCGUGUCAACAAAGCGUCUGCCCAUCAGAAAAAUCUGGACGUCGGUGCAAAUAUCUUUAUCGGCAAUCUAGAUCCGGAAGUGGACGAGAAACUAUUGUAUGAUACAUUUUCUGCGUUUGGCGUUAUUUUACAGACACCAAAAAUUAUGCGAGAUCCAGAGACGGGCAAUUCGAAAGGAUUUGCCUUUAUCAACUUUGCGAGUUUUGAAGCAUCUGAUGCGGCAAUGGACGCUAUGAACGGUCAAUAUCUAUGUAAUCGUCCCAUUUCAGUGUCCUAUGCGUUCAAGAAGGAUUCAAAAGGAGAACGACAUGGAUCCGCCGCGGAGCGUCUUCUUGCGGCGCAGAACCCACUUUCCCACGCCGAUCGUCCCCAUCAGCUGUUUGCGGAUGCUCCGGUUCCUCCUCCGAUCAUGCCUAUGAUGCCAUCGCACCCGAUGAUGCCGCCACCACUAAUGGCACCACCUCCACCUCCGACGCCUUCUGCGGUACCUCCACCACCACAUGCCCCAGCCGCACCACACUUCAGUGCCGGUGCAAUUCCUCCCCCUCCAUUACCUCCACCAAUUGGACAGCCACCUUUACCGCCACCAUCUCCGAUGGGAAUACCAGCUCCGCCAAGAAUGAUUCCCCCACCGCCGUGGCAACAACCUGCUCCUCCACCACCUACACCUCCCACAGGCCCACCGAGGCCACCUCCACCAAGCUGGCGUCCGCCGCAACCACCACUUCCACCCCAGAUGCCACCGGGGGCAUUCCCUGGGCAGCCUAGACUGCCUCCGCCGCCACCAACCAAUUUCAGCGCGGACACAUUUAAUUUCUAAGAUGAUGCUUUUAUCCUGUUUUCCGGAUUCUAAUAAAUUUGUCACAAGCAAA